CCACCUGUCACCCCGUCCCCUCCCUGGUCGCCGCGUCGUAGCGUUCACUGUGGCACAGUGGGAGCUGUGAUUGCGACAAGUACAGCGCCGAUCCCACCAUUCGACUGUUUUCACGCUUCAAGGCGCAGGCGCGUGCCACAAUGUCUUCCUCGCCCUUCGACAUCGAGAAGCAGGAUGUAAGAGUUGGAUCCGCGCAUGAUGGCGCCGUCCCGGGGGAAACUUUCGAAUAUGGCACCAGCACGUAUGCCAAGUUGCAGCGUCUGGCUGGAAAACUGCACGUUGAGCAGCGCGGUAUUGAGCGCGUGCCCGACGAUGAACGUGACGACACCUCUUUGCUGAACGUGGGAACUAUGUGGUUGUCCGCCAACAUGGUCAUCUCCUCCUUCGCCAUCGGGCUCCUCGCCCAGGAGCUCUUCUUCCUCGGCUUUGUCGACGCCAUCCUCACCUGCCUCUUCUUCAACCUCCUCGGCGUCAUCUCCGUCUGUUACUUCAGCACCUUUGGCCCGCGCUUCGGCCUCCGCCAGAUGGUCCUCUCACGCUUCUGGUUUGGCUGGUACGGCGUCAAGCUCAUCGCCUUCUUCAACGUCCUGGCCUGCAUCGGCUGGAGCUCCGUCAACAGCAUCGUCGGCGCGCAGCUUCUUCAUGCCGUCAACAACGACGUCCCGGGCUGGGCCGGCAUCUUGAUCAUCGCGGUGGGAACCCUCCUCGUCUGCUUCUUCGGGUACAAGGUCGUGCACGCGUACGAGUUCUGGAGCUGGAUCCCGACCUUCAUCGUCUUCCUGAUUGUCCUCGGCGAAUUCGCACACUCAGGCGCCUUCGUCAACCUUCCCAUGGCCGUGGGCACUAGCGAGAUGGGCAGCGUGCUGUCCUUUGGCAGUGUCGUCUACGGCUUCGCGACAGGCUGGACCUCGUACGCCGCCGACUACACCGUCUACCAGCCCGUGACCCAGUCCCGCAAGAAGAUUUUUGGCUCCGUCUGGCUCGGCCUCAUGAUACCCCUGCUCUUCACUGAGUUCCUGGGCAUCGCCAUCAUGACCGCGACCACCAUCAACGACGGCAACAACCCGUACAUGGAGGGCUACAAGGCGUCCGGCACGGGCGGGCUCCUCGCUGCGGUACUAUUCGACCCGCUCGGCGGCUUCGGCAAGUUCUGCCUUGUCGUCCUCGCGCUCUCGAUUAUUGCGAACAACUGCCCAAACAUCUACUCUGUCGCGUUGACCAUGCAGGUCCUAGGCCGCUGGACGCAGCGUAUUCCUAGAUUCGUCUGGACCACUAUCGCGACAGGUGUGUACAUCGCGAUUGCGAUCCCGGGCUACUCCCACUUUGAAGCAGUCCUCGAGAACUUCAUGAACUUUAUCGGCUACUGGCUCGCCAUCUACGAAGGCGUCGCCUUCGCCGAGCACCUCAUCUACCGCCGCAGCAUGUCGGCCUACGACCCCUCUACCUACGACCAGCCCUCCAAGCUGCCGCCCAGUUUCGCCGCCGUGUUCGCCUUCUGCUGCGGCGUGGUCGGCAUGGUCAUGGGCAUGAGCCAGGUGUGGUUCGUGGGCCCAAUUGCGCUGCACGCAGGCGAGGCGCCGUUUGGCGGCGACGUAGGAUUCGAGCUGGGCUUCGUGUUUGCGUUUGUGAGUUAUGCGGGCGCUCGGUACUUUGAGCGGAGGUAUUUCGGACGGUAGAUGUGGCAAGCGCGGAUCUCAUAGGAAAUUCCUUUCAAUGGUCGAUAUCCCCUGACAUUCAUUGUUCAAUGCCGUUGCGGCGCG